UGCCUGCCCUUCAGGGAUGUUGCACAGAGCAUGGAAAGGGUGUUGAGAGUGACCAGGAGGCAGCCCAGAGCUCCCCUGGCCCCUCUGCAGCUUUGGCCAUGUCCACUGACACCUGGCUCCCACGGCCUUACCCAGCCCCAUUGCAGUGCCCAGUUCCCUAAGGCUGAAGGAUAUCUCAGCACACUCUGAAAAAGGUUCUCAUCUGUGCUCCCUUCCAGAUAAGGUUGCUGGCAAGGCUUCUCCAUUAGCUUGGCUAUAUAAAGUUUUGAAGCCCAGUCAGCCUCCUGCAGGUGUGUCUGCAGGGAGGACUUUCCCAGCUCCUUUGCUGAUUGGUGUGCAGAAGCCCCACUUCCAUCGCAGGGGUCCUCCAAGUGACAAAGACAAACGUACAGGAGAGAAGGAAUCAAACAACAUCCAGAAACAAAUUGUGGACGAACUGCAGAAAGGGCCUGACAUGGACAUACAGGUUCUGUGGAAGGCAGCAUUUCCUGCAGGCAGCAGUCACUCGUCGGCAGCCUCUGCUGCAGGAAGGAAUGGGAUGGCACACAUGAGUACGGGCCCAGACACAGGAGAUUUGGUUGCUGGGAAGGCUCCUCCAUUAGCCUUGAGAUAUGAAGAUUUGAAGCCCUCUGGGCCACCUGCAGUUACAGGUGUGUCUGCAGACAGGAUUUCCCCAGCUCCUGGGCUGGAUGCUGCACAAAAGCCUGACUCCCAUCACAGGGUUCCUCCAACAGAAAAGACCAAAUACACCUCAGAGAAGAAAUCCCAGGAGCGAUUUGAAGUCAUGUGGAAAAUGCUGAAGGAAUUCAAGCAGGGAGCACAAGAAGUGGAUGAAGAGGCUGUGCUGAAGGCGGUGUUUCCUGGAGGAAACAGUGGUUCACUGGCAGCCUCUGCUGCAGGAAGGGAGGCCAUGCCAGGCACAGUCCCAGGAGAUUGGGAUCGUGAUAUGGAUUAUGUGGAAGCCCUGGUGGAAAAUGGCUUGAAAUUCUUGGAGGAUAUUGGAGCCAAGCCGCUUGGUGAAGGUGAUGCAGCUUCUCAACCCAUACCCAGGACUGAGCCUCAGGGAGGUGGUGAGGUUACAGGUGUGUCUGCAGGGAGCACUUCCCCAGAUCUUGAGGUGGUUACUGCACCCAAGCCCGGCUCCCAUCGCAGGGGUCCUCCAAAAAGAAAGACCCAAGAUAAUGGAACCAAAAAGUCUGUAUUGUCAAAUGAUUUCCUGAGACCAACAAAGAAAGAAGUGCAGGGAGGACAAGCCGGCACCACAACUCAUGCUCAGAAUAUCUGGGAAAGCAUGAGAAGAAUUUUCAGCCUGGGAACACAUGGUUUGAUUAAGCUAAUGGCCAUUUUGGUUGCUGGAGCCCUUUUUCUGAUGAUGUGCUGUGCUGGAAUCUGGUAUUGUUGGAACAGAAAAGGGAGCAUGUCUGCACCUUCAGAAGACCAGCCAAAGACUCCACUCAGCGAGAAGCUGACCUGUCAUCCCUGGUCUUUAAAUCUGUCCCCAUCUGCUGUGCUGCAGCCCCAUUUUGAGGGUGUCCCAAAACCUAUACCCUCCAAAGCUAAACCCUAUGCCCCAGACCCCCCUGGAUCUGCUCCCUAGUGUGCAGGAGGUGCCCUUUGUGCCAGGAGCAGAUGGGGCCUCAGCCGCCUCCUCUCUGCUCAGGAGCACCUCUGCACCUUCAGAAGACCUGACAAAGACUUUAGUCAGCGAGCACUUGACCUGUUAUCCCUGCGCUUCAGCUCUGUCCCCAUCUGCUUUGCUGCGGGUGCAGCCCCGUUUUGAGGGCGUCAUAAAACCCAAACCUCCAAAGCGAGACCCUCUGCCCCUGAGCCCCCUGGCCCUGCACCCUGGCCAGGACUGAAGGUGGGCAGCCCCUGUCCACCAGAUCAGGCCUUGGCCCAUGUUUUGUGUUUAAAUAUUGGCCCAUGUUUUGUGUUCAAAUAUUGGCCCAUGUUUUGUGUUCAAAUAUUGGCCCAUGUUUUGUGUUCAAAUAUUAUCCCAUGUUUUGUGUUCAAAUAAAGAGUUGAAACUGUUA